GAGAAUCUUUUUAAAUAUUUACAAGUUAUGUCCUCUGUGACUGGAAGAGGGGAGAAAUUUCCUGCCGCCAUCCGAGGAGCGCACUGGGACCCAGCAGUGCAGCAUCACUGCGACUCCGGCGGCUUUUCUUCGUUCGGCAGCCGGACACGGUGCCAACCGGAGGAGCGCCCCACUCCCGAGGGCUCCGGGGGGCCCACCAGGGGCGACCCGCACGGGAAUAUGUGCCAGAGAGCGGGCGAGGUCCCGUCCUACAAGUCCCUGCCAGGGUCGCUCGGGGAGCGGAUAAGGAUGUCGUUCGGAAGCGGGACGGUGUGGAGGGGCUCUGCCUUGGCGCUGCAUCCCGGCUCUGGGAGGUCCGAGAGGAAAGUUGCCUCCUGCGACAAGUGCUCCGCGGCUCUUGUUGCUCUGAAGAAGCAGGCUCUGAGUCUGGCCGUCCACCAUCACUUCUCGUCCAAGGAAACAAGCGACCUGUCAGCCUUUCUUCACGACAACCUUCGUGUCCACGGCCAUUCCAACAUGGAGUUCAGAGAUCGGGAGCUGGGCCAGUGUGGGUCCUGCGGCGCCAACCUGAACCAACUCAAACAGGAGGCCAUCCUCCUGGCUCUGAGUCGUGGUCAGUCGUUAGCCAAGCCUCCCUUCGGGGCCGGCCUCAGCGCCGGCCCAGCACUGGGACAAAGCGGGACAAAGCAUGGAGACAAGUCCUCCAGGGAGGUGGUGCAUCCACCAUACAGCCCGCGCAGCCCUCGAAGCCCCAGGACGCCCCAGAGGACUCCCCAAACCCUCCGACGGAGAGGACCCAAGCUCCCCAACCCUGACAUGGACCGCUGGGUGGAAGAGCAGCAGCAGCUGGUGGCCUCUAAAUCGGCGUCAAAUCCAGAUGGUGUCACCAUCAAUUCUCACCAUCCGAAGGCAGACGAUGCCACGCUGACCUGUGGCGCCUCUGGGACUGUUCAGACGACCUCCAAGAUCCCUCACAUCUCCAGAGUGGUGACCAUCGCCAACACUGCCGCUAUGUCCCUUCUGGCCAGGGCGGCUGAGAAGCUCAACUUGACGUUGAGGAAAAAGAGCCAGGCUUCGGAUCCAGCUCCCUCCAACCACUCCACCUGCUUCAGAGAGAUCAUCCAGAAAAACCCACCGCCGGCGCCCCCCUGCCUGCUCCGAGCUGCCGCUCGAAGCAAAGACUCGCCCGACGUUGGCAAGGUCAAAGUCGUGCUGAGGGUGAGCCGAUUGCUGUCAGAGAGCCACGGCCAGCCACCUGUUCUCCGGAUCGACCCGUCCAGGAAGAGAGUCACCAUCAUGGAUCCAGUCACCAAACACUUAUCCUACAGCACAAUGACUCUCGGCAGGGAGAGGAGAAGUCCACUGAAGACCUUCAACUUUGAUGCAGCUUAUUCUCAGGAUUCAGGACAGGCUGAAGUUUGCACAGGCGUCUUGGCUGACGUCAUCCGUUGUGUCCUCAGCGGCAGUGAUGGAUGCGUUCUGGGCCUAGGAUGCGCUGAUGUGGCGUCUUGGUCCAGUAUGGUGGGAAGCGGCGACAACCUGCAGAAGCUCGGCCUGAUUCCCUGUGCCAUCUCCUGGCUGUACAGCGCCAUCGAGCGGCGCAGGGAGAAGACUUGGACUGAGCUGACGGUCUCGGUGUCCGCCGUGGAGCUGUGCUGCGGCGAAGAGGACACCCUCAGAGACCUGCUGGGGGAGGUGGUCCCCUCGCCGAGCAGCGUGCAGGGCAGCCCGAAGGCCCAUGUUAGAGUCACCGAGGACCCAGUCAAUGGAAUACAGCUACGUAACCACAACCGUGUGAAGGCCCCCACGGCAGAGCGAGCGGCCUCUCUCCUGGACGCAGCCAUUGCAGCGCGGCGACACACCGACUUUAUUACAUACCUGUGUCACAGCUCCAUAAUGUUCUUCACCCUUUACGUCCAGCCACCUCGCACUGAGAGCAGCACCACUGGAAAAGGUUCACGGGGAACCACAAAGUUGACCAUGAUUGAUGUCUGCAGUGGGAUGAGGGGCGUGAGCAAAAACAAGCUUCCUCAUUCUGACUUGGGCUCUAUUGUCCUGGCUCUGUUAAGCGGAAAUAAAACCAUCCCCAGCAAGUCCAGUAAGUUGGCGAUGCUCCUUCGGGAAUCCAUGCCUUCAAACUGCCACAUUGCUGUGAUUGGUCAAGUUGCUGACUCAUUGGCACAUCUUCAAGAGUCCUUCGCUACCAUUCAGCUGGCUUCUCGCAUUCGCAGGACACAGAAGAAGACAAAGCAGUCGACAUCAUGUUCUCCUUGUGGACGGAGUUUGACCAAAGAUAAAAAAGGUCCUCCUUCUUUGGCCCUGCGAGCAUUCCACUCCACAGAAGAGGUAGACAUGGACUUCCCAUCUUUCCGACUACGUGGUGAGCUGUAUCGCUCUAGCAGUGACCAGUCCUGUGACACCGUCAUCCAGAUAAAUUCUGACGGCUCGGUCCACUCCAAGACGGCCCCACUGCUGGCACAACCCGAGUUUGUGCCGAUCAUACCUUCUUUGCAUCCUAACAAGUCCGACUUGGAUGACCCAGAAUUCACAGCGCUUCUCCAGGAACUUCUGCUAAUUCCUCAGUUGCAUGGAGAAAAGAAGAGAGAGGAAACUGUACAGGGGAACAUCGAAGGACUGAGAGCAGAAGGGAAACCACCGGAGAGAGAUUGUCUUAAGUGCGACACUUUUGCUGAACUUCAAGAACGUCUGGGUUGUAUCGAUGGAAGUGAGGUAACAAUGGAAAUCCUCAAGUCCUCCUUGAAAGGUGCUACUCUUAAGAAUAUUUUAGCCAAAACACAACCCCAGAAAGAAGCAUCCAAAGCCUCACAUACAUUGUUGAAUGUGGGUAAAGGAUGUACUCAGGCGUCUUUUGGGGAAAAGCAGACAGAUGGUGCUGUCCCGACAGACAGUUUUCAGAGAGAGGAUUCAGGUUUGUUUGACUGUGAGGAGUGCAGUGCAAACAGCUCCAGUGAAGAACUGAUGAAUCAAGCUCUGGGACUUAGCAUGACAUGCCCGUCUGAGCUUCCUAAAACAAGAGCAGUUAAGUCAGGUAACAAUGUCCUAUCCAAACGUCUUGAAGCAAAUUCCCAUAGAAAGGCUGCCACCAGUUUAUCUGAACACCCACCAUCGGAGAACCAUGAAGCUGCAGACUGGUUCAAACCAGAUAAACGUGCUUCACCCAUCGGUAAAAGCUCUCCCAUAUCUCCUUCGUCCUCUUGCUCCUCUUCACACUCUAUGGCUAAAAGUGUUGUGAUCGGGGAUCACAGUGCAAAGGACAGUAAGGAAAUGAAGGCCACCAUCACGGUGACAGUUCAACAGCCAUUGGACAAAAUGGGUCAAGACGAACUGGUCUUCUCUAUGGUAGAGGAGGUGACCAUCAGUGGAGCAUACAACAGCGGGAACGCAGGUGGAAAUAUUAUUUGUAUCAGAGAGUCUGCACAGUCACAAGAACAUGGUCAAACCUCUGCUAGCUCCCAACCUAUCAGAAUCAUUGGCGACGUCAGUGACGACUGUUCAGCUUCAGCGCCCCCUGCUGAUCAAUCUGCAACGACAGAACAAAACAACGAAAAGCCUCGAAAUCAUUUCAAAAGAGAAAUUAGGUUCUUGCCUUCGUUUAUUAACCCUAUGUUGAUGAAUAUGGACUGUGAUUUAGAUGAUGCUAAAGAAGAGAAAAGUGUUCCUGAAAUCUCUAAAGAUGUCAACUCAGCUUCUGAACUCAAAAGAAAAAACACCAGAAGUCCAGAGGACUAUGUAGGAAAACAGACUCAAAGUUGUGCUUCUGACAUUCAUCUUCUUAAGAAGCCUGAUAGGACAAGUAGUCUAACUUCCUUCAACCAACUGGUCUCAGAAGAUAAGGAUAUCUGCAAAAAAGCUUUGGAGAACAAAAUGUGUGAAAAGAGACUUGAAAGUACAGAUAAAGGCCACCCUCGAGAUUGCAAGCAUGUUUAUUCCACACACAGUCAGAAGGUCUCAGAGGGGGUAGACACUGCUUGCAGACAAGUUGGAAGCAACCACAGGAGAACUGGUUUUGCACCUGGUUGCUAUGAAACCAUACCCGUUUCCUUUGUGACAGGUAGCCUUCCGAGAGCCUGGCAAAAUCCCAGCCACAGAGACAACCCCUCAAGGGGGGUGACAUCAUCUACUCCAUGUAGCCCAGGGGAAACUCUGGAGAGAAGGCAUGGCAGACAGCAGUCUGCUGAAAACCACAGCCUCCACACCUCCUCUCCACAAAAAUACAUCCCAGAGGUCAAACAAGAUUCAGCGAGUGCCCUCAGUAAGGGAAAUGAAUCUCUUUUUACACCAUGCCCCACAAGAAAACAUGACAAUUCAAGCAGCAGGCAUAGGCCUCCUGCCGUUAACAGCAGUAGGCUUUUUAAUACCAAACUGGAGCAGCUGGCUAGAAGGACUAAUUCCCUUGGAAGAAUCCCAAGAGACUUCCCAACCAUGGAAAGAGGCAGGAGUAACACUUCUAUGAGUUCCAAGGAAAGCUCCAAGGGAAGCAAUCAAGCUAGUUGUAAAGGAAGUCAUAAAGAAAACUACGAAGGAGAUUGUACCUUUCCAAGGGCCAAUAGGAGCCCUAGGAGAAAUCCAAGUUCUGACCAUAGUCAUUACUUCUUUCACACAGAAAAUCCUCCGUCUCAGUCUGCCAAGCAUUCUCAUUCCAAGCUUUCUGCCGUUGGAAAACUCAAGAUCGCAACUCCCAAAGUUCGUCGGCAGUCUUCCCCCAGCAUCAAGACUCUAAACAUGUCCCACAAAAGUCUGCAACAUUCCAGCCGCAGUGCCAGUCUGUCACCAGACAGUAAAAUGGUUAGUUUUGAGCGAACGUCCUCGUUUUUUCCCUCUUCCCCUCCACGAUCUCAUCGUUCCAUCAGUCGGACUCCAAGCCAGAGCUCCACAUGCUCGUCUACAAAAUCCGCCAUUCAGGGAAUCAUCAACGGCCGGAUCACGGACCUUCUCAGGGAAAGGUCCUCCAGUCCGUCCUCAUGCGGACCGGACCAGAUGUCCCCUCUUCCCUCGCCGUACAGCCAGGUGACUGCUCCUCGUACCCCGGACCAUUUAAGCGGGCACGCAAGCGACACCACUAGUGUGUUGAGCGGAGAUUUGCCACCAGCCAUGGGAAAGACGUCCCUGCAUUUUUCUAACCGGAGCAGCCUGGUUAGCAGCGGGUAUGACAGCUUAGUAAGAGACAGCGAAGCCACAGGAAGCAGCACGUCAAACAGAGAUUCUGUCAGCGACCGGAGUGGAUCUCUGCUCAGCAUGACGCGCAGCAGCCGAUCAUCACGGAGGAGAGGAAACGCAGGUUCCUACCAGCGCCGUCCGUCCCACGACUCCGCCCUGCCCCUGAAACGGUCGGCUAGCGGUCUGGGCUCCCACUGGACGGAGCGGGAAAUACCGGAGGCGUACGAGAUCAAGGUUUAUGAGAUCGACAAUGUGCACAGGAUGCAGAAAAGAGCAGGUGCUGACAAACAGGGCCGUGGAUGCUUCAGCGCCAAGCUGAGGUUUUUGGAGCAUCGUCAGCAGAGGAUCUCAGAGGUCCGAGUCAAGUACAACAGACUGAGGAGAGAACUGGAGCACGCCAAACACAACCUCAUGCUGGAACCCGCCAAGUGGAACCAAGAGUUCGACGUGUGGCAGACUUUCCAGGUGGACUCCCUGGAGCACCUGGAGGCCCUUGAGGAGGUCACGGCUCGGCUGGAAAGCAGGGUCAACCUCUGCAAGGCCAACACCAUGAUGGUCACCUGCUUCGAUGCGUCCACCAGGAGGCGCCGCAAGAAGCGACGGCGAAAAGCGCAGCAGCAGAAAACCUUGAAGCAAGUCUAGCCUGAGAAGUUGGCUGAUUUGUUCCUUUUUAAAAUGUCCUUAUACCUGAACGAUUGAGACUGAGAUUAUUGAUUUGAUUGAUUUCAAAUAAAUCUGAUGGUUUUAAAUUAGUCACAGCAUGAUGCGGAAGGAAAUUUCCAGUCACCAGACUCACAGUUCCUUUAGAAGAUUACAAGCACUUAUCAAACACAUUAUACUUCUAUUAAUGUUGGCCUUUUAAUAACUAAUUUGAACUAUUGUUUUGCACUGAUAUUUGGUCAAAUAUUCCUUAGGAAGUUUCAGACAGACUAAAUAUUUUAGUGACCACCUGCAAGGGUCAGGCAUAAUUCUUGCUGCAUAUUUGACCAUUCUUAUCAGAAAUGAUAGCCUCUUCUUUGACUGGUUUUGUCACUUGGCCGACGCAGUCUCAGUUCAUGAUGAUACUCCUCGGCAGUUGCCCAGGGUGGUAUUAGGAAGGGGAACACAUGAGCCUUCGAUAAAAAAAGAAACAUUACUUUUGUUUUGUAGUUAAAGUUGCGUUUUGACUACAUUUUCUAUUAUUUUUAUGCUGAGACAGUCAAUGGGGAAUUGGCGAUCCCAUAAGUUGGGUAGUUGUUCUCCUUUAUACAAGUAAGUAUAGGGAGACUAGGUUACCUGCUCUGUGUGGGACUUCACUGCAUGUAUCCCUCUAUGUUCAGCAUCUUAGGGUGCAUUCACACCAGUCGUGUUCAAUCUGCUUUAGUUUGCUUGCCUAGAAAGCCAGUUGCUUUGGGUUUGUGUGAAUGCUUAAUCAAACUUUGAUGUGGAGCAAAAAAGCUUAACUGUGGUCCGCCUCAGAAACUCCAUCUCAUUUCAGUUGAAGUGAACUCUUGUGCAGUUUGAAUGCAAAUGUGAAUGUCAAGCAGACCAUAGACUGCUCCAACUGCAGGAAGUGGACCAUAGCGAAGGGCAUUCUGGGUAAAUGUAACCAAAACAAACGUGUGUAUCCGGCGCUCGCGGGACAAAUGGCUCAUGGUCUUUUGCCAAAGACAAAAGAGAAAUCCUACCACCACUAAACUCUGACGCCAAUCUACUUUUGUUUACAUUUCUGAGUUUUUUGUGUCGUUUCCUUCAGUAGUUCUAAGAAACUAUUUUAACAAACACAACAAAUUCUGACAAACUGUGGUCAAAUAUUCAGCCAGAAUCGUGUUGGGAUUUUGUCGGUACUUAUAAAAAGCAUGUGGUUCCUCUACAUUUUAGUGAAGGGCCAUUUACCCAGAUAUUAGUAUAUAUAAGCCUGGAGGAAUCAAUCUGAACUUUGGGAAAUAAUGGAAAACUGAAACAUUUUUUUAGAAUUAAAUUCAUUGAGGUCAUGUUAUCAGCCCACCCUGGAAAACAACAGUACAAAAGAAUCAGUAAUGAAUUAUUAAAACAUUAAUUCCCUUGAUGACUGCCUGUAAACUUCUGACUGGUGCUGCGGAUAACACAUUCUUCUACUGUCUCCUAAACAAAGACAGAACAUGUCUUUUGUUCUGCUAGUAUUUUGCAGAACUACUUUACUUCUGUAGCAUAAAUGUAUGCUAGUUGUAGGAGCAGCAAUAGCGCACAUUUUAGCUACAGAAGUAGCUAGUAAAUUCUAGUAGAGGAAGUUACAAUUUACGAGUUAGAAAUAUGGUAGGUAUGUUUGUAGCUAGCAAAGGUAUGUUGCUAGCAUAACGUUUUUGAGCCUUUCCUGUGCUGAAUAUUAAAAACGUCAUCAGAAGACCAGAAACCAAUGAUUCAAAGUCAGCAUUUGAGAUGUUUUUUACUAAGUUGUCCUGUUUGGUUAAAUGAACACCAAACAGGACACUAGUUGCUGCACAGGAAAUCACAACCAAAAAUAAAAACUGGCUUGUUUUUUUGUACAUUAAUAUUUUGGACUCACUUUUUCUUUGAUUAAUUUGGUGAGAACCUUCACAGUAGGCUUGCACCUCCACCAAAAAAAAACAACCUUCAGCCAUUUUGGACAAGUCAACUUGUCAUUUUUGAGCGAGAGGAUUCUUGAUCGUAACUGUUAUUUUUCUGUCUUUACGGGAAUACUCUAUCACCCUUGGUGCCAUCUUGUAUAUACAGUAGACUUUUUUCGGUGCUGACACUGUAUGAAUUAUGCCUCUUCUGAUUUAAAGCUCAUGCAAAGGACAACAAAUGGUUUAACUAAGAAUCCGAGACUGAGGACAACACUGACUUUGUCGGAGUUACUACCUACUGAAACAUUAAUGUGAAUUAUUUCUCUCCUUCCUGUGGUCUUGGAUAGAUAAACGGACACUUUAAAUGCGUCGGUAAAUAAUUUCAAAACAGUGGAUUCUACUUCCGGCUUGACAAGAAGAGAAAAAACUUCAGAUGUCGCCACGCGCAAGGAGCUCUCAGCCAAUCCCAGAGGAGGAACCGAAGCACUGCAAUUGGUCAGAAAUGCAGUAAAAAGGUGAAACACAUGCGGCGUGUUUGAUGUAAACCAUAUGAAUCAGCAUGUUGUUGGUAACUUUGAACUCAUGACUACAGCUCGAAUGAUUCUUUAAUUAGGGAAAAAAAUAAAGUCAUGACACUGUAGUCUCUGUUUCUAUUGCGUG